AAAUGCCCGUCGGGUACCGUUUUAAUAAAUUAGUCUUGUUUUAUGGAAACUGAGGUUUUGGAUUUAUGUUGUAUGUAUAUAUCCCGCAUACCGUGCUGCACAUAAGACCAAGAACGUGGCGUGGUUCCAUGACUUACAAUUUAUAUAAUUUCAAAGUUCAACUUAUAAAUAUUUUGUUCUGUAAAUUUUAGGCUUUUUUUGAACUUCAAGUUUUGUUCUAUCCUAAAAAUUAAAAUUGGUUAUAAUGUCCGUACCAUGGAUGGUUGCUUGUAUUAUAAUUGAUUCUGCAGUGAUUCUGGCAAACUUCGUAGAGCAACUUUUAAUUGUGCGGAAAUGGAAGAGUUUAGAUCGCAUUGAUUAUUUACUUUUAAGUUUAUCUAUUUCUGAUUUCACAAGUGGUGUAGCUACGUUAGGAAUAGAUGGUUGGUACCUUUCUGGAGAAAUGAACCCUACGAUUGUUCCAAGAAUCUCUCAUGAAAUAGUGACCAAAAUAUUUGAUUCCGUAUUUCUGUUUUCAGUUUUCGCAUCAACUUUCCAUGUCAUAGCAGUUGCUGUUGAACGUUUUUAUGCCAUUAAAUAUCCGAGAAAAUAUUAUAUUUUUAACACUUUUAAAAUAAAGUUUGGUACAAUUGCUGGUAUUUGGAUAAUCUCAUUAAUAUUAACUCCUACAUUUUCAGUGUUAUCGGUUUUUUCAUUAGACACAAAAAUAGGGGUAUAUAUUCGUGCCUGCGUGUUUGCCUUCUCUGCGUUUUUUGUUUUGAUAGUUUACUUAUAUAUUUCAUUGUUAUUAGUGCUACAAAGGAAAUCAAUUAUUCAAGAUUUUAGCCCUGAAUGCAACGUACAGCAGGAUCGUUUAAAAAGGAUGACAAUGUUCUGUACUUUUAUUGGUAUAAGUUUUGUUGUUUGUUUAAUGCCUAUAACCGUUAGUUAUUUUGAUGAAGACCUUUACCAUCCAAUUGGUAAUCUUGCGAUUACGCUUAACUCUCUUAUAAACCCUUGUAUCUAUUUUGCAAAAGUAAUAUACGAAUCUCGAAGCAUCAACAGAUCGCGUAACGAAACUACGCAUGCUUUAUUAGAAAGCCGAAGCUACAUUAUUACAACAGUAGAUUGAUUUACAAAACAGAAAAUGUAUAUAUGGCUAACCUCGAUGGCUUUAUUGCAGCCCGCGUCAUAUUGUCUACCGUUUAUUUUGAAAACUUUUCUAAAAAUUUUAGAAUAAUUCAAGAUGAGAAGAGUAUAAUAAUAAAAUAAAAAUAAUUAUUGAAAGGAAAUCAUAAAAACAUGAAAUAAAAUAAUAACUAACAAUACUGUGUAUGAGAUGAUAAACAUGAUGUAAGAUAUACAAAGUUAAAUAUGUUAUAUAAGAAGAAAGUGCUUAUUCGUUAAAAA